AUGCUGCUCGCCUUUACCGACCUACUUGAAGACCUCACCACCUUGGAUCCCGCUACUACUGCUCCUGUGACCCCACCAUACUAUGCCACAGACGACCCUGCCACUUGCAUCCUGGCAGUGCUCAUCAGAAGUGGCCAGGCUUUUAAUAACUGUCUUGUUGAUUUUUAUCAAAAUGACACCACCUAUAAGAAUGUUCUCUUCUAUAAUAACUUGCUCAAUUAUUCUUUUGUUGAAACUAGUACAAUGUUUAAAGUUUGCUACAAUGAAACGCUAUACUACUCCAAUAAUAUUAACACUGGUUGUAAUUUUCCAAACGGUAAAGGCUUUAUUUGUUCAAGAAUUACCCAGUCUGUAUUUUGUCAUAAUGAGUUAUGUGGCAGUAUUAUUGGCGAUGUUCAAAUAACUAGCAAUACUACUUUCGGAUACUGCCCAUUUGAAAACCUUAGCGUUGCAACAAAUUAUUUAUCAAAUAUUUCUCCUACCGGUCUUUCUGGUCUAAAUAAAGGCUAUGCACAUUUUACUUGCCCAAAGAACACUAUAUUUUCUAAUAAUUAUGAUUCUAUUUAUCGUGAUCUAUACAACAUAACUAAUAAAUGUUAUUUGCAAUGGCCUGCACCAUUUCCAAGUAACACGACUACAAAAAUUCAAAGUACUACAACUCCAGGAAAUUCGAUUACUACAGUUAUUACUACCAUGGUUUUGGACUCUAAAAAUUCCAACUUAAUUAUUGGAUCAGUUAUUGGUGGUGUAGCUACCUUGGUAUUAAUUGAAAUAGCUAUUAUAGCAACUCUAAGAUAUAUGAAUCGAGAUAGGGCAAUUAUAACAUCCUAA